AUGGCAGAUAGAAAGCAAGCAACGUGUAUUGCACCAGUGAAUAUUGCUGUCGUCAAAUAUUGGGGAAAACGAGAUGAAAAUUUAAUUUUGCCUAUCAAUUCUUCCCUAAGUGGUACUUUGAGUACUGAUCAGAUGUGUGCAAAAACCACUAUUGCAAUAAGUAAAUCAUUCCAACGUGAUCGACUAUGGAUUAAUGGAAAGGAACAAGACGCGACUGGUAAAAGGUUACAAAAUUGCUUGAGAGAGGUUAGAAGUAGGUGUGGUAGUGAAAUAGAAGGCUGCCAUUAUCACAUCUGUUCGGUUAAUAAUUUUCCUACGGCUGCUGGAUUAGCAUCUUCUGCUGCUGGAUAUGCCUGUUUAGGUGAAUACUUUGAAUACAAAGAAGGAAUUACUAAAAUACAAUUUACCAUUAGACAAGGUUCAGGUAGUGCUUGUAGAAGUAUGUACGGUGGAUUUGUAAAGUGGGAAAUGGGGAAUAAAAGCGAUGGAUCAGAUAGUAUUGCUGUUCAGGUUACACCUGAGUCGCACUGGCCUGAAAUGGAAGUCCUCAUUUUAGUUGUAAGUGAUAAAAAGAAAGGAGUAAGCAGUACAUCUGGAAUGCAGACUAGUGUGAAAACAAGUAAAUUAUUAAAGUAUCGCGCUGAGAGCUUGGUUCCUAAACUCAUGACAGAAAUGGAGACCGCAAUCCAACAGAAAAAUUAUCAAGCGUUUGCCGAGAUUACGAUGAAGGAUAGUAAUCAGUUCCAUGCUGUUUGUCUGGAUACCUAUCCACCCAUAGCCUAUAUGAACGAUAUUUCACAUAAGAUUGUUCAAUUGAUAACGCAUUUUAAUCAAUAUUGUGGAGAGUAUAAGGCUUGUUAUACGUUUGAUGCUGGGCCAAAUGCUGUUUUAUAUGUUCUAGCAAAAGAUGUACCGCAAAUUCUAUCUGCAGUAUGUCAUUAUUUUCCAUGCACAGAAAAUCAUGAUAGCUAUAUUCAAGGAUUAUCGAACUACUCUGAUGUAAAAGAAUUUCCAAAGGAAAUCGAAAAUACCAUCUGUCUAGAUCCAAUCCCUGGCAGUCUAACUGGAAUUAUCCAUACUCGGGUCGGUAGUGGACCACGUGUUAUAUUAGAUGAUAAUGAAAGUCUUCUCGGGGGUGAUGGUCUGCCAAAGUGCUAA